AUGGAUCCAUACCCCUACCCAUCAGACAUACCUAUCGCCAUGCGGCCUUUGACUGGAACUAUGACGCCUGGGAACGCAAAUAGUAUCAUGAUCUUGUCGACAGCUCUCGUUUGCAUCAUCGGUGGCCUCAUCAUCGGUGCCAUCUUGAUCUCAACCGUCCCGCCGAAUUUGCCUGGAGACAUGGACACAUUGUCCCCGAUGGCUGUUACCAUGACCAAAACCCUAUUGUCGACCAUUGUCCUUGUCGCCAUCAUUGGGACCGUGAUCGCGGGCGUUAUUAUCUGGCGGCGACAAGCAGGCUACGAUGGGUGCGGCCGUUUCCUCAAGUGCCACAAAAGAUUUGGCAAGACCCCUGAAGACCACGAAGACCUGGAGGCCAACCGCGGCUCCUCCAGCACCCCCUCCCGUGUCCACGUGCACCCUUACCACAGUUACGACUAUCACGACCCUUAUUACUCUGCCGCCUACGAGAUCGCCCAAGGAUCCGAUUUCUAUGACUCGGACUCCUCCGAGUCCUUCAUUUACGAUCCGGAACCCAGCCCCUCCGGUCCCUACCAACAAUACCCACGCCACGAAGCCCAUUCAUCCAUGCACAACACCUCCCGUGACGACCACUCAUCAAACUCCGACGGUCCUGUCUCAUACAGGUAUUGGGGCCUUGAUAGGGCAACCCAGACCAGCGACCAUUUUGAUAGGGCAACCCAGACCAGCGACCGUUCAUCCGAUUCGGAUUCCUACAUGUCCGACCUCUACGACAACGAUUACGAGGCGGAUUCGGAGUCUUCCCUCUCCUCUCCCCCGACACCUAGCGACCGUGCCCCUCUACUCCAAACCACUAGGCGUGGUCCCCGCUAUUCCUAG